GGGAUGCUAACAUGGCAGCUGAAAACGGGUUUUCAGUGCCGCCUCUUGGCCACACAGGUGUCCUCGCGUUUCCUCCGGUGGCUCUGUCCGCGGAGGCCACCCCGUUCACCCCUAUGGGGGCUCACGCCUGGGAGCUCGACUCGCCGUCGGAUGCCGAGAAACUGUUUUCCUGCUGCGCCGCAAAGCUCAGAGCCCUGCGAACAGACUCAGUCCAGCUCAGGGAGGAGCUCAACCUGCUGUUGGAUCAGCUUCUGUCUGAAAACUACAACAAAACCUUCGCCCCCAAUAUCAACAUCAGACCGGAGGACGUGUGUACUGUGCUGAAACAUGCCAGCUGCCUGGUGCCGCUGAGUCAAGAGCAUUUAGUCAUCAAACUCUGCCAGCUCAUACAUCAUCUACUCAAUCAGCUAAAGGUGAUAAUGGAUGAGCAGACGUUAGAUGUGUUGAUGGACUAUGUUGCCAGUGCGUUGAAAGUGUGCAGUACGUGGACGCAUUCAGAUGUCCUCCUGGCACUCUCCACAAUAGUUUAUGGGAAUGGUCAUCAGUGCCAACAGCAUCUCAGUGACUUACUGGGUGAGGAUGGAGUCCUCCUGCUCUAUAGUUCUCCAUCACAGCCAAAUAUUGAGUUAUGCCGUGUUGCCCUUACCUGUAUGGCCAACAUCUGUCUCAGGCUCCCUGGUCAGCCACCUUUGGAUGAUCAAUACAGAAGUGUAUGUUUCAAAGUCUUCCUGAAAACACUGCAGUCACCCAGACCUCCCAACACCGAUGAGCUCUUUUACUGCAUGGUGAUCCAGGCAGCACUGAAGGGGCUUCAGUGUUGUCUCUCAGGUGGGAAGUGGAAAUUUGGUGGAGGGGAGGAGCUUGGGUCUGUGCUGGCUGCACUUAAGAGGCUCAUGUUCCAAGGAAGUCCAGGUGUGUGUGUCCAGUGGCCGGCUGUGCUUUACCCAGCACCUCUUCCUCAGUACGAGGGUCCGUCUGCUGCAAAGCCUGCUGAUUUUUUUUUACCUUCAAAGGAUGCUGCUGUGCCAGACAAAACCUCAGGGAAUAAAAAGAGGAAAUCCAGAGGAAAGGGGAAGAAGACGGGUACUGAUGAGAGCAGAGGGGACGAUGGAGAGGAAGAUGAUAGAAAGAUGGGGCUUGCACUUCAGAAAGGAGGCAGAGGUGAGGGAGACUCCUUGUCUAAAUCCUCAGCCCUGUCUCUCUACCCAUCCUGGAAAAGAAACUGCUCUGACUCAGAGUUUUCCGACCCAGAGGGCAGCGCACAGAGCAAGUUAAGACUUUAUCACGGCCGUGUACGUCAGGGAGCGCUGCACUGUUUGCUAGCUGUAAUGAAGGGUGUGGAGAAAAGGACUCUGUAUGGGUACUGGUCAUCCUUCAUUCCUGACUCUCCUACUGCAGGACCGCCACCUCUCACUCUCCUCACAAUUAUACUGAAGGACUCUUCGCCAAAGGUUCGUGCAUGCGCACUUCAGGUGUUAUCAGCCAUGCUGGAUGGCUCCCGUCACUUCCUAGCUGUGGCUGAAGAUACAGCGUCUCCUCGUACAUCUUACACCCCGUUCUCCUUCUGUCUGGCUACUGCUGUCAGAGAGCUGCACCGUGCUCUCAGUCUGGCUCUGCUGGCUGAGACCUCUCCACAAACACUCACACAGGUCAUAAAGUGUCUGGCCUACCUGGUGGCAAACGCUCCAUACCAUCGUCUCAGACCCGGUCUGCUCAGUCCGCUCUGGAAACAGAUGUGUCCUUAUGUGCGCCACAGAGACGUGAAUGUACGUGUGUCUGUCCUGACACUCUACGGGGCUCUGGUGACAACUCAAGCUCCUCUUCCCGAAGUGCAGCUCCUCCUUCAACAGCCAGAGGGCAGCAGUAGCAGCACUAGCUCAGUCACGCCACAAGAUUCAACUGUCAGCUGGAGAAACAGAGACAGAAUUUCCUCACCAUCUCGCACACCAGUCAUAUCCUCUUUGCACAGCUCACACACACACACACCCCACAUUCCUCGCACACCGGGGGAGGAGGAAACAGUGCGGCCUUGGCUCCUGCAGCUGUGCGUGUCACUGGUGACCCAGCCCAGAGAGGACCAGUCAGACAGUGAGGGAAUAGGAACAGGUGGAAGCUCUGCUUUGGAGCCCUCCCCUGUCCGACUAGAAGCUCUGCAGGUCCUAUCCCACCUGGUGCGGGGCUACUUCUCUCUAACCCAGACAUGCCUGUGUGAGAUUGGGCAGGUGAGCGCGCGUUGCCUUGGGGAAAUGGAUUCCUCCAUACAGCUGCAUGGAGCAAAGUUACUAGAGGAGCUGGGGACAGGAAUAAUCCAGCAGUACAGAGCAGAGAACAACGUGCCUGAGAGCUCAAGGGUCCCCAUGAGUCAAGUGGUGCAGUUCUGGUCAGAAGUCUUCAGCGGCCCACUGAACGGAGCGCUGCAGAACGAACAACAUCCAACACUGCAGACAAGUGCCUGCGACACGCUCUCUUCCAUCUUGCCACAGGCGUUCGCGCAGCUGCCUAACAAGACCCAGCUGAUGUGCAUCACUGUGCUGCUGGGGCUGACCUACAGUGAGAAUUACCUGGUGAAGACUGCAGCUGUCAGGGCUUUGGGAGUCUAUAUACUGUUCCCUUGUCUUAGAGAGGAUGUGAUGUUUGUGGCAGAUACAGCAAACACUAUCCUUGCUGCCCUUGAGGAUCGAUCUCCAAAUGUUCGUGCCAAGGCUGCCUGGUCUCUCGGCAACCUCACAGACACACUUAUUAUCAACAUGGAGACUGUAGGUGUGAACUUCCAGGAAGAGUUAUCAGACAUGUUGCUGCUCAAGAUGUUACAAGCAGCCACCCGAGCAUCAGCCGACAAGGACAGGGUGAAGUGCAACGCAGUGAGAGCACUUGGGAAUCUGCUUCAUUUCCUGCGUCAGACUCAGCUGACUCGGUCUGUGUUCCAACGCCCAUUGGAAGAUGCUGUUCGUGCACUUGUAAAAACUGUCCAAUCAGAGGCUACAAUGAAAGUCAGAUGGAAUGCCUGUUACGCCAUGGGAAAUGCUUUCAGAAACCCAGCCUUGCCACUUGACACAGCCCCGUGGGCUUGUGACGCUUUCUCUGCCCUGUGCCAUGUCGUUACUUCCUGCAAGAACUUCAAGGUACGGAUCAAAUCGGCCGCUGCCCUGGCUGUCCCCACCCACCGCGGCUGCUAUGGGGAUACGAAGCAGUUCAGCUGUGUGUGGCAUUCGCUGGCCACAGCACUCGAGAACAGUGAAGACACAAAUGACUUCUUAGAGUUCCGCUACAGUGCCAGCUUGCGACACACACUCUCACAAGCUCUCCUACACCUGCUCAGCAUCAGCCAGUCCCAGGACAUGCCUGCCCUUGGGGAGUCACUGGCUGGCGAGGAGGGCGGGGUCAUCAGAGAGCAUUUGAUCAAAUAUCUGAGAGUGGAGGAGGGAGGAGAGGGGGCAGAAGGUGAAAAAGAUGCAGGGGGUAGCAGUUUCCUCCCUCAGCAGAGAAUUGUUGGUCUGCAGCAGACUCUGAUCAGGCUGAAGGCUGAAGGGGAAGAAACAGGAGAGAAGAAGAGGGGUAAGGAGGUAGUAGUUUGUUUUAUAGAGGAUUUGCUAAAAACCUGUGAGGAACUCUAAGGAGUCACAUCUCCAGAUGCAGUUCUGGAUUUCAGAAAACCGAGAUUGGGACAGAUCAGGGCAGGCAGAUUGCCAAAGGAGAAGCAUCCACCCACAAACUAAUAAACUGGUGACUGAAGACGGGUCAUUCAAGGACCACAAAAGCGUUUCUCAGACUGUCUUGAGGUGUUAUUAAAUUUUCACAUGUUCAUUUCAGACAUCCUGAGGUUGGCAGUGACUUUUUAUAUCAUAGUAUUUACCUAACUGAACUUCCACUCUUUUAUGAAUUAACAUGUGCUAUACAAAGACAUAUAGCCAAAGGGUCAAAGUGUUUGUGUCAUAUGCACAGUUAGGGAACAUGUUUCCCUGUACAGUGAAAUUCUUACUUUGCCAUCCACAUGAAUGCCACAUAAUACAAGUGAAAUGUAAAGUGACAUAUAAAGUAGGUGAGCAAUAACACAAAUCCAAGUAGGCAGUAAAAUCACAAAUCUAAGGCACUUUAAAGCAGCAAGUAAAU